AUGUUCAAAUACGCUGUUGUACUCUUCGCCAUGAUCGCCUGCGCCGCUGCUAAACCAGGUAUUCUUGCUGCUGCCCCCUUGGCAUAUGCCGCACCUGCCGCUGUUGUUGCCGCUCCUGCUCCAUUUGUUACCGCCACCAGUAGUCAAGUGAUCGCACGCAACUACAAUGGUAUCGCUGCUGCUCCAGUUGUAGCUGCUGCCCCUGUCGCAGCUCCAGUUAUUGCUCGUUACGCUGCUGCGGCUGCUCCCGCCGCUGUUGUUGCCGCGCCAGCUCCUGUGGUGACUGCUACCAGUAGCCAAGUCAUUGCUCGCAACUACAAUGGCAUCGCUGCUGCACCCGUCAUAGCUCAAUAUGCCGCUGCUCCAGUUGUUGCCCGGUAUGCAGCGGCUGCGCCUUUAGCCGCUCCAUUGGCUGCUCAUUAUGCCGCUGCUCCACUCCUUUGGUAA